AUGAACGCUAAAACAUUCUCUCAUUAUUUUAGACAUUUUGAUUUAUUCACUAAACCAGUUUAACUGCUAAUAAAAAAAGAAGAAGGUCAUAAAACAAUAAUUGGGGCUAGUCUCUCAAUGAUUGUAAUGGUUGUGAUGGCAAUAUUUUUUGUUAAUAGUAUAAUUGUUUAUACAGAUCGUUCUAAACCAGUUACAUUAACAACAGAAGUAUAUCAUGCUGAACCAAAAUUAUUUGAAUUAAGACCUAGCAAUUUUACUUUAUAGUUUGGCUUUUAAGAUUCCACCUUUGCCACUUAUAUAGAUGAAUCAAUUUAUUUUGUGGAGCCUUUUCUUGUAAGCAAAUCAGUAGAAAUGUAUAAAAUUUUUUCAUUUUAGAAUAAAUGGUACAUAAUAAUCUAUAUACAAUUAUGCUGAGUUACCAUUAGUAUAAUGUUCGAAAGAUAUAAUAAAGUAAGAUUCAUUAGCAGAAUAUUUUUAACAUUUUGAUCUGCCCACAAAUUUUUGUAUUGAUUGGAAUACAAUUGAUAAGAUAAAUAUGUAAGGAACUUUUGAUGCUGUGAAUUAUUAAUAUAUUUUACUCAAAUUUAGAAUGUGCACUGAAGAGAAUAAAAAGAAAAGUACUUAUUACUAAUAUCUUAUUAGCUAUUCCAUAAUGUAAGAGCAAAGAAGAAAUAAUAGAAAAAUUAACACACAAUUAUUUAUCAUUACAAUUGUCAUCAUAUUAUGUAGAUUUAUAAACUACUUAAACUCCUUAUAUUCCUAAAGGAGAAGAUUUAUUUACUACUAUUUCUAGUUAAAUUUUUAAAGAAAUUACUAUCUAUUUAUAACCAGUUACUACAUAUACAGAUUCAGGAGCUUUCUUUUCUGAUAUUCAUUAUGAUACAACACUUAAAUAUUUACAUCACACAGAAAUGAUUGACUUUAAUGAAGAAGAUUUAAUAGCAAAUGUUGCAAUUAGAUUACAUACAAUAGAAUAAGUUAAUUAUAGACAAUAUACAAGAAUCCAGACUGUUUUAGCUGAAUUAGGAGGAUUAUGGAAUGUUUUGUUCACCAUAGCUAUGAUAAUAUAAAUCCCAUUUAGUACUAUUUCAUAUAAACUUUAAAUUAUAAAUUCAUUAUUUAAUUUUGAUGGACAAGAAGAGACUAUUAAUGAAGAUUAAGAUAAUUUUUUACUUGAUCAUUAAGAUGUUCCAAUAAUCAAUAGUAAAUAAUCAAGUAAGAUUUACACAGAAAAUAUACACAAAAAUACUUUAAAUGAUAUCUAACUAACAAAUAGAAAAUUAAUAUCGCCUCUCAAAGUAGCAAAUACUCCUAUAAAAAAAUCAAAAUUUUAGAGAUAAGAUUCUUUCAGAUCCUCUAUAAAAUCUUAAUAUAAGGUUCAACAACAACUUCAAGAGUUGAAUUUGUAAUGUAUGAAAAUAUAAAAUGCAGCUUCUUAAGAUGAUGAUAUUAAAGUUAAAACUGUUGAUAAAUUGAAUUAAUAAAUUAAAGGCUUUUUUUAGACAGUUUCGAAAAAGCUUACUAUUCCAUAUUAUAAGUAUAUACUUAGUUCUUUGAAAUUAUAUCAAAAUGAUUAAUAAAUUAAGUAGAUGAACUUUUCUAUUCAUAGAAUGGAGAAAUCUUUUGAUAUUUUAUAUAUCAUAAAGAAAUUACAUGAAAUUGAUAAAUUAAAAAUGAUAUUACUAACCAAAGAACAAAUAAAAUUAUUCGAUUAUCUACCUAAACCUACAAUUUCUUCAAAUCCUGAAAAAGAAGUUUCUGGCCAUUAAUAUUUCUCUAUUUUAAAACCCAUUAAAAGCAAUUAUUAAAUGGCCUUAGAAGCCUAAUAAGCCUAUAAGGAAAUAUUAUUUAAGAUGCAUGAUCCGAUAAACAGACAUUUAGUAGAUUGUAUGGAUGAAAAUAUUUUAGAAUUCUUAUAAUUUUAAUUAUAUAGAAAUAAUGGUGAAUAGUAGGAAGAUGAUCUUCUUAAUGAUGGAACUAUUUAACAAAGCAAAUAGUAAAGGGUUGAUUCAGAUUAAAUAUUAGAUAACUUUGAUAAUUCAAGCUAAUAGAAUAGUUGA